CGCCGCGCCGCCUCCGCCCCGGGGCUCCGGCUUCCAGUCCGGCAGUCCGGCUCACGGGCCAUGGAGCUCCGAGCAGCGGAUCGGGAGCAGCCGGCCCGUCCCAAGCCGCCCUCCAGGUCCCCGGCUCCGGUCCCUUCCCGGCCUGAUCCCUGGAGGCAGCAGCCACCAGCCUGCUGAGUAGCAGCGACAGCAUGAAGCCUCCAUGCCUUGCUCCUCUUUGCUGUAAAAUACAGAUAAUACACUGCCUCCUGUGAGUGUCCCCAAGGUCACCCAGGGUCGGCUCCUCUUCAUCAUCCUCUGCUCCCUGGGCUUCUCUGGCUUCUACAUCCUGCUGUGCUGCUGGGCCUGCCUGCCCUUCUGCCUGGCCCUCUGCCUGGACCCCCACCUCUCCAUCAACUCCAGGCCCACUGUGCCAGGGCCCCUGCACUUCAGUGGAUACAGCAGUGUGCCAGAUGGGAAGCCGCUGGUCCGAGAGCCCUGCCGCAGCUGUGCCGUGGUGUCCAGCUCGGGCCAGAUGCUGGGCUCGGGCCUGGGCGCCGAGAUCGACGGUGCUGAGUGCGUGCUGCGCAUGAACCAGGCGCCCACCGUGGGCUUCGAGGCGGACGUGGGUCGGCGCAGCACCCUGCGGGUCAUCUCCCACACGAGCGUGCCACUGCUGCUGCGCAACUACUCCCACUACUUCCAGCAGGCCCGCGACACGCUCUACGUGGUGUGGGGGCAGGGCAGGCACAUGGACCGCGAGCUGGGCGGCCGCACCUACCGCGCCCUGCUGCAGCUCACCAGGAUGUACCCAGGCCUGCAGGUGUACACCUUCACCGAGCGCAUGAUGGCCUACUGCGACCAGGUCUUCCAGGACGAGACGGGCAAGAACCGGAGGCAGUCAGGCUCGUUUCUCAGCACCGGCUGGUUCACCAUGAUUCUCGCCCUGGAGCUGUGCCAGGAGAUCGUGGUCUAUGGAAUGGUUAGCGACAGUUACUGCAGGGAGAAGAGUCACCCCUCGGUGCCUUAUCACUACUUCGAGAAGGGCCGGCUGGACGAGUGCCAGAUGUACCUGGCGCACGAGCGGGCGCCCCGCAGUGCUCACCGCUUCAUCACUGAGAAGGCCGUGUUCUCCCGCUGGGCUAAGAAGAGGCCUAUCGUGUUUGCUCACCCCUCCUGGAAGACCCAGUAGCCUCACGGCCCAGCUGGCCGCGGCGCUCUCCAGGCCAGCCACACUCCACCAGAAUCAUUUAAUUUAUGGAUCCUGCCUCCUGCCCCAGGCCGGGCGGACCUAAGCUCCCUUCCUGCUCUGGCCUGGGGACACCUGGGGCCAUCUCAGGCCUCUAGACUUAGAGGAGAGGACAGGGGGGGCCAUGGCAACCUUUGCACUCUCCUCCCUACCCCCUGCCCCUCGAGUAAUCCGAAUCUUCUUUCGGGGGUUCGUCCCACCUCUGAGUCUGUCCAGUGGCCUUUGCCCCCACUGCCCCUGGGAGGGGGGGACUGGUGGCACCCCCACAUACCAGCACGACCCUGACCAUGCACCAGCCCCAGGCCUUGUCUCCACACUCCCUCCCGAUCUGCCUUUGGUGCCACAUGUCUCAAGCUGGUCGCCCUGGUCCGGGCAGCCCAGAGCUUGGUGUUCCCUGAACUGUGACUCCUCUGGAGUGUACGGGUAAACAUUUUCUGAAAGCCUC